GACUACAGGACGAAAAACCGAACUAUACGAGAGUCGAUCCGAGCCGGUCGUCGUCGUAAAGGAAUACGAAUAAAAUAAUCAUUUGAAGUUGAACCUUUUCGUAGAUAGGACGUCUCGUACAUAAUAUUAGUCGUGUCGCACGUACAUUUAUUGAUAGAACACCGUGUCAUCCUUAUUAUAUUUUAUUAACCGUUAUUUAUUUAUAUUUCAUUAUCCUUUUGUAUAAUGUUGUGUUUCCAUAGCAACUGACAUUGUGCUUGUUUGAUGUUCAUUAAAUUUAAUUUAUUAAUAACUUGUGUUGUUAUCGACGACGACGAUGCGAUGGUUCGAUGGUAUAUACACUGUGCAAUAAUGUGUAAAGUUUAAUUGCUGUGAGAGGAAGGAAGGAAAGAGAAAAGACAAGUGUGUUUUGUUAAAUAUAGAACUUAAUAUUUUUUUAAAUAUCCUACGUCAAGGAUAACAAUGUCUGAUAAGUCAUCGGAAUACCAUAAGAAGACUUGUAUCAUAUGUGGAUGCCAUACAAACCUAACCAUUAAUAUCUACGAACCCCGCAGUGGACCAAAUAUCGUUCGGCUCAUUCAAGCUAGAUUCAAAUUUCAGCCCCUGAACGAAGACAAAUAUCUGUGCUACAGCUGCAAUAACUGGCUCAUCAACUGGCAUUCUCUGCAGGCUCUUAACAGUAACGACGCUGACAAUCCUUCGGGCACAUUUCGUUCAUCACAAAUGAACAAUAUGGUUUCCGAUAAAGGUUCUCCUUCAGAAGCAACUCGCAACAUAACAAUGACAAACAACAGCCCAAAACCAAUCGCACAAGUUCGACCCCAAAUAAAAAUGCAUCCAUCCGAAUUAAAUAAUAUUUCCCAAUCCCAAUCAUUGCCAAAGAGGACAACAAGUCAAUCGAUAAAUCCAUCAACAAAACGUAGUGAAUUUUAUUAUCUUUCGAAGAGAACUUAUCUUAGUUGCCAUCGGAUGAAGAAAAAUCGCCUCCAAAGAAGGACAUUGCAUAAUUGUUGCGUUUGCGGGCGUUCUAUUACAAGGAGACUUCUAGCCACCACCUCCAAAUCAAAGGCAACAGCAGUGAAGUGUAAGAGAUGUCGAGACACCAUGCACUGGCGGAAUAUGUACCUGAAAACUGUGCUGCUUCAAAAGAAACAUCAUGAACUGCCAAACAAAACAAAGUCAUCAUCGCCAUCGUCAUCAUCAUCACCGUCGUCGUUAGCGGUGAGGCAUAAUCUUGGAAAUCUAGUCAACUGUCAAACUUCAAUGCACAAUACAAAUUAUACUACGUCUCAAUUGUCAUUGCCAUUGCCAUACCAACCCCGUCAAUACCAAAGACCAUUGGUAGAUGGUAAAGUUGUUUCAAUGCUGAGACGACUGGGAACCACAUUGUCCAGGGAUAGUACAUCAACAACAGGAACAACAACAACCUACCAACCGCCCAUAAUGAGUCCUGCGAAGAAGAAAUCCCAAAAAUGGACACGGAAUAUUGCUGAUAACGAGAUUGUUAUUAACUUCAAUACCGCAAUAACGGAAGUCCUUCCGAUCAGGCAUAUCCGAAGAAAGUUGACAUAUCAAAUAUCAGACGCCAUUCCCACCUCGGAUUCUAUAGAAAUCGAUAGCAGUGACGAAGAGGAAGAGGCAGGUGACUGCGACGACGACGACGUUGUUGUCAAUAAGGAUGUGGAUGAGAAUGAGAAGGAUAAAGCAAAAUUGAAUGAAAAGACAUUAAACUGCGGCAUUAAUCUUCAGCAAGUUUAUAACUUGGUUCCGAAAGGACUUACCGUAUCGCUCAUUUCUGAAACUGAUUCAGGAUCACAAUCACAACCAAUGCUUGUUAUUUAGAGAUAAAUCAUAUAAUAUUCAAAAAAGAAGGAAAUUUCAUUUUUGAUAUUUUGUUUUGUAAUGUAAUUUGUUUGUUAUUUUGUUCAUAGUUUUUUUUUUAAUAAUUUAAUUUGAAUUUAUUAUUUACUACCAUUUUUUGUAUAGUUUUAAAAUAUAUAGAAUAGAAAAAUGUGAGAUGAUAGAAAAUAAUAUAUGAAAUAAUGGAAUAAAUAAUAUACUCUGUACGUAUGCUUAAGUAGGGCAGCCAUUAUUUAUUUACAUAGUUUAUAUAAUAAUAUUAUAUUAUUAAAGUUUAAAAAUAAUCAGUAUCAUUAUUAUGAUCCAUGAGACACACAAAACCAGCACUAGGUACCUUUUCUUUAGUUUUUAACAUACAAAUAAAAAAAUAUAAAAUCGCUGCAUGCCAUAUCAUCAUGUCCAAGAGAGAAAUGUACUCAAAACAAAAAUUUUAUAAUAAUUUAAAUAAACAGUAAGCUGUAAAAAUACUUGAAAUUUAAA